AAUUAAAGAAGAACAAAUCACCACCAAACUAUACUCUAAAUUUUUAUUAUAUAAAAAUAUAAAUAUAUAUAUGUAUAAAUAAUAGACAGUGCGGCACUAUACCUGCCGCCGGUGGAACCCAUUAGAAGAAGAUUCUCAUUCUCUUCUUUCUUAUAUUUUUCAAAUCAAAAUAUCGAUUUAAACAAAUCCCAUUUCUCAUUUUUCUCUCUUUUUUUAGUUUAAAAAGAAAAGGAGACAUUUUUAUAUUUUUCCCAUUAAAUUAUUGGGUGAGAGUGUGUGUGAGAAGUGUGAGCUUCCCCCUUCUUCUAUAAUGGAAGUUUCAUCACUGUGUAGCUGAAAAGGACGGUCUUUUGGUUGCUGAGAUUGGUUGUCAUGGCAGAUAAAUCAAGUCAUAUAAUUCUAAAUGACUCACCAUCAUUAUCAUCAUUAUAAAAAGUAAAGUACAGAAAAGGAAAGAAGAAGAUGAUAUUGUUGUGCCGAAAAUCUUGUAACAAUGCGGAUAAUGGAUCUGUACCAGUGUACCUAAAUGUUUAUGAUCUGACACCCAUUAAUGGAUAUGCUUACUGGUUUGGUCUUGGAGUUUAUCAUUCUGGGGUACAAGUUCAUGGUGUUGAGUAUGCAUUUGGAGCUCAUGAAUAUUCAAGUACUGGGAUUUUUGAAGGAGAGCCUAAAAAAUGUGAGGGAUUUACAUUCAGAAAGACAAUAUUGAUAGGCAAAACAGAUAUGGGACCUUCUGAAGUAAGAACAGUCAUGGAAGAACUUGCAGAAGUCUACAAAGGAAAUGCCUAUAAUUUGAUCACCAAAAACUGCAACCAUUUUUGUAAUGAUGCUUGUAUUAGAUUGACUAGAAAUUCAAUCCCAAGUUGGGUUAAUCGACUUGCCAGAAUCGGGUUUAUGUGCAACUGUGUUCUUCCUGUGACUUUAAACUCAACAAAAGUUAGGCAUCAUAGAAUUGAAGAUAACAAUAAACCACCUAUUGAAGGAGGAGAGAAGAAGAAGAAACUAAUAGUUGAGUCAAAUGUGUUAAACUCUUCUUCAAAUUCCUCUUCUUCUCCUUCAGCUUCACCUUCUGGCGCCACAAUGCGAAGAGGAAGAAGCAGAACCAGACGCCCUCGACCUCCGCCUUCUCCCUUGAUUGUCACUUCUUCAGCAUCUUGAUGGUUCAAUUCAAAUUUGAAGCUCACAGAAAAAAGAACACAAAAAAAAGGUUCAAAAUGAAGUCUUUUCUUUUGUUUUGAUUCUAUAUGUUUUGGUGAUUUUAUAAUGCUAACAUCACCUUAGCAAAAGCAUGCAGCACAUAUCUGUAAAUGGGUAUGCUUUCAUUUUUUUGGCAAGUGAAGAUAUGUUUCUGCAAAAUUCUCUCUUCUUUUUGUUUUGAUUUCAAUUUUCAAUCUCUUGUAGCUUUGGCAAAUUUGAGUUUAUUGGAUUAAGAAAAAAAAAAUGAAGCAGCUUCAAUAUCAAUCAAUCUAUGCUCUUUGGUUCAA